UGCUUCUGCCCGUAUGAUUUGCUUCAAGAACUCAUACAAACACCACGCGCUCCUGGACUCCAAGGGAAGCGAAAAUGGAAUUUAGCGAACGCAUCGCGAAGAAGCUCAAACUUUCCGCGGAUGGUACGAAGGUGCUGUGGCCUCAACGUACUGAUGACCCGGAGGACCCUCAGAACUGGUCGGACGGGAGGAAGGACCUCCAACUAUUCAUUACUCUGGCAGCUGUACUACCCGACUUCGACUCAGCGAUUGAUGAGUCGUGAAGCACGUUUGCAACACCUCCGAACGUCAUGCUGAGGUCAAGUUCUUCCAUGUAAUAGCAACUGCAGGGCGUCACUGCAGAUGCACAUUGUAAUGAUUGCUUUCUUAGCAGACACAAAUGUACGC